AAAACCAACUCAUCAUUUCGAGGGCGUAAUCAUCGUUUGGUCCGCCUUGUGGUGCCGGAGCGAUCUUAGUUGCUCCGUCUGCACCCCAAGUCGAGGACAAGUCUGGCCGUGCUCAUUCCUCUCACGACGACAGCCCCUCCCUCUGCUCCCACGUCCAGCCGGAAGACUGUGACCCGUGUCCACGUUUGGUGUUUGCGGUCAUUCCGGCCAUGUACAAGUAGUGCGUUGUUGGGCGUGUCCACCAUGACGGAAGCGAAAGAUGGCGGGCAUCUGCUGCAGAUCCCAACAUGACUGAAGCCGCACUAGCGGGACCGACCGUCUCGCUCAUGACUCGAAGAAGAGCGUCGGUACCAGCGAAACUGGCAGAAGCAGUUGCUUCAAGCUCGGACACGGCGUCGGCGUCCGAGGCAAAACAACGGAGAAAGAGCAGCGGGAGCACUGCGAACAGCGAGAAUGUUAGCGAAAGUAGCAAUGCAGCACAUGGUGGCGAGGCAAAAGCAGGAGGCAGCACUCCAGCUAUCCACCAGAAUCAUCCGGAGAGUUUAUGCCGGUAUCCGAACAAGCGCUGCUACAACAAGCGAGCGGUGAAGAAUAACGGCGAGUUGCACAAGUUUUGCGAUAAACACCGCGAUUCUGCGAAUCGAUAUCAGCGAAAAUUGGAGCAGAAACUGAAGGAGAAGCGAAUACAGUCACGAAUGCGAGCGUUGCAGGCACAACAAGCACAAGCUCAAGCACAGGCACAAGCACACAUUCAAACUCAGAUUGUCCACGUGCAAGGUCACGAGGGUCACGGCCACAACUCGUUCAAUAUUGAUCCUGCAGUCAUGGGCAAUUCGUUGGUAAGUCCAUAUCCUGGUAUGGAAGUGUAUGCAGCUCCAAAUGUGCCAAGUGGAGCAACAGCACCAGCGAACAGCACAAUGCUUCCACAAGUUCCGUUCUCAGGACACCCAGCAGUAGUAGUUCCCUUGUCGAGUGGAACUGAAGAUUGGACACAAGGGGAAGACGAGUACGAGCCGUACCAGCAUCCAGUUCAGCUGCAGAGCGAAGAUAUCGACUGUCUUGAUUUACUGUCUGAGCAGUGAGGAAAUAAAAGGAACCAACCAAGAAGUUAAAUAUGCCGGAUUAGAGUAGUGUACGGAAAUGGCGUGGAGUUUGAGGUGUUACG